GACAUAAACUAUUAUACCGCAGCAAACCGAGGGGCUCGGUUCCUAUAACAAACCCUUUUUCCUCCUUCGCCACCCCACACCACCCGUAACUUAGCUGCCUGACGACUUUACGCAGAGGGUGAGUCUAAUUUGCUGCUUGCUGCUUACUGCUUACUGCUUAGACUACUGUUUUCCAUUCCUUGAGACCGACUAUUUCCAACUAGACCCUCACCUUCAUAAGCAUGGAUUCCGCCCAACUAUAUCAAUUCAUUCACGGCGGGGCAUUCCACUCUGACGACUUUAGAUCCAGUACCAGAGAGUUUGCUCGCCGUCUGGAUACAAGUGAUCCGCUAGCUAGUUUUCGAAAGGAGUUCCUUAUUCCCUCCAAAGCGGACCUCAAGGAUCCUCAUCCUGAAACAAAACCCGUGGACCAAUGCAAUGAUCCUUCGGACCCAUGCAUCUACUUUUGUGGGAACUCUUUGGGCCUCCAGCCGAAGAAUACACAAGCGUUGAUCGCGGAAGAGCUUAGAAUUUGGGCUACCCGUGGUGUUCAAGGACAUUUCGACCACCCACUUUCCCGGCCCUGGGUCUCUGCUGCCGAGGAGGUCAACGUGCGCAUGGCGAAUGUCGUCGGAGCUCUGUCCGAGGAGGUAUCCACUAUGGGAACCUUGACAGCAAAUAUUCAUACCCUUUUCGCGAGCUUCUACAAGCCGGACGUUACGAAGCAAGGCCGGUACAAGAUUAUCAUUGAAGGGAAGGCCUUUCCGAGUGAUCAUUACGCUGUUGAGUCACAGAUUGAGUGGCACGGGCUAAGUCCGGAAGAUGCCCUUGUCACGAUAUUUCCAGAAGGGGGUAGGAAGGUUUUGACCACGGACCAGAUAUAUCGUGUAAUCGAUGGAAACGCUUCCACCACUGCUGUCCUUUGGCUUUCCGGCGUUCAAUACUACACCGGUCAGGUAUUCGACCUUAAAGCCAUCACCAGAUAUGCUCAGAGCAAAGGCAUUCUUGUGGGCUGGGAUUUGGCACAUGCUGUUGGGAAUAUUUUGCUUGAGCUUCACGAAUGGGGUGUUGAUUUUGCUGCAUGGUGCACCUACAAAUACCUCUCGAGUGGGCCCGGUGGUAUUGCUGGAAUCUUUGUGCACGAGAAACAUGCAUCGUCCGAAAGACACCGACUUGCCGGUUGGUGGGGCCAUGACAAGGCUUCACGGUUCACAAUGGAUAAUGUUUUCCGCCCCAUGUCCGGUGCAGCAGGCUACCAAAUGUCCAAUCCCUCAAUCCUCGACCUAACCGCCCUCCUCUCUUCCCUAUCGCUCUACUCAGAUGCCACAAUGGCCGCCGUAAGGACAAAAUCUGUCCAUAUGACUGGCUACCUCGACUACCUCCUCCACUCCCAGUUCGAAUCCUGCGGCCCGAAGCCUUUCGAAAUUAUCACCCCACGGAAUCCAGCAGCACGCGGGGCACAACUGUCACUACUUUUUAGAGGAGGACUUAUGAUGCAGGUAUUUGAUGGACUACAGGAGCGUGGGAUUAUUGUCGAUGAAAGGAAACCGGACGUUAUCAGAGUUGCUCCAUUGCCUCUUUAUAAUACCUUUGAAGAAGUGUGGGAUUUCGUCCAGGCGCUUAAGCAGGCGAUUGAUACCGCGCUUGAAGGGGGGGAUGAGGGGGGCAAAGUUUGAGGUGAAUAUUAGGGAGAAAUCUAUCAUAGGAUGUGGCAUGAAAAUUACAAAUUUAUCGUAUAUCUUUCUUAUAAUAAAAUUAUUGUAUGCACAGUC